AUGGGUACUACACAGAAUCCACAAGCAGUAAAGGGGCCUCUUCCUCAGUUUCCUGGGCCACAUGAUCCUCAAAAACCAGUGAUCAGUCCUGAGAAAUGUGGGGUGGAUGAUGUUGACAGGGUUCCUUGUGGGGAACCUGGUAUAGAUACUGCUCAGUGUGCUGCUAUAAAUUGUUGUUUUGAUGGGCAGCAGUGCUACUAUGGGAAAACUGUGACUGUCCAAUGCACAAUAGAUGGCCAGUUUGUGUUGGUGGUGGCUAGGGAUACAACACUACCCAGACUUAGCCUGGAUUCAAUCAGCCUGUUGGGAGGAAGUGAUGCCCCCUGCAGUGCUGUGGAUUCCAAUGCUGACUUUGCUUUCUACCAGUUUCCUGUAACUGCUUGUGGCAUAAGAGCAAUGGAGCUGGGUGACCAUGUGGUCUAUGAGAAUAAAAUGUCCUCCUCCUAUGAAGUUGAAGUGGGACCCCUUGGUGCGGUCACAAGAGACAGCCACUAUGAGCUUUACUUCCAGUGUAGGUAUGCUGAUGCAGCUGUUGCAGCACUGGCUGUGCAGCUUUCCUCAAGUAAUCCUCCUAUGCCUGUAGCUGCAUCUGGACCUCUCAGGGUAGAACUAAGACUAGGCAGUGGUCAGUGUGUCACAAAGGGCUGUGUGCAAGCACAAGCAGCCUAUGCCUCAUACUACAGUGAUGCUGACUACCCUGUGACUAAGGUUCUGAGGGAGCCUGUGUAUGUUGAGGUACGCAUCUUGGGCAGGACGUAUCCCAAUAUUGCGCUGGUCUUGGGAUGUUGCUGGGCAACCUCUUCCUCUCACCCCUUCAGCACUCCUCAGUGGGACCUUCUGGUGGAUGGGUGAGUUGGAUGCAGUGCAGGGGUGCUCAAACCUGGUCCUGGGGAGUUCAGGUCCAGCACAAUUGAAGGGGCCAACGAAGUAUGCAGAGAAACAGAUGGACUACAUUCUGUAAUUGUAGAACUGCAAAGUUAAUCUAUAUAGUAACUUGAGCUGUUAAAAUGGACAACAAGAAUCAACAGAGAUGGUGUGUAUAUAAUACGAUCAGGUAUAAAAUAUUGACUUUUUUUUUUUUUUUUUUACCUGUAGAGUGCACUUUGUAGGAUGCCAUAUGAGACAGUUUAGAUUUUCUGAAGACAAAAAUUAAAAGGAUUUGUUGGGGUCCCUCA